UUACUCUACCAACUAAUUUCAUUACAAAUAAUGUGUGCAGAUGAAAAGGAGACAUUAGAUAUGCUUUUGAACUUAUGGUUUCAAGUAUGGUAUUUGGAAUGAUUUUGAAAUUUAAUAUUCAAAUAUUUUAAAUGCUUAAGCGUGGUUUAUUUUGUAAUAAAGUGGGUUUAAUUAAAAUUCCACAAAUUUUAAUGUAUGUGCAUAAUAUGUUGCAUAAUUUUUCAAAAUUAUAGAAAAUCAGAUUGAAGAAAAAUUAAAAUAAAGUACGAUUUGUUUAUCUACGGACAUAACAUUUUUUCGGAAGUUUGCGUAAUACAUAAAAAAGAGAUAGACGAUCGUAUUGUUUAAAAAUGCAUUAUAGUCUAGUGCUCUUUUGAAUUUUUAAUUUAUGGUCCUAUGAAUUGAGAGAUUAUAGUAGGAAAACAAUCUUAAAUUGAGAAUGUUUCUAUCCAUGUGCCAUCUAGCGGAGAAUAAGUAUGUGUGUUAUAUUUUAUUGAUAGAUUAUUAAAAUGUAAUAACUCGAUUAAUUUUUAUUGGUCUUAUUAUAAAAAAUUAAAAAAAAAUUGGAUGUUUUUCGUAUAGAUAAAAGAAAAGAAAAUGAAAAGAUCUAAUGGUAUUCGUAGCGCUCUAACAUCAACCAAUCAGAAUGUUUCUUGAGGAUUUAAAUUUUGAUGACGUAUAAAGUAAUAACCGGUAGAAAGUAAAUGAAACAGUUUGUAUUUGAAAAUCCAAAAUAUGGAUAUUAUAUGGUAUUUAGAAUUAAUUACAAUGUACCAUUUGAUAUAAUAACCUAUUCCGAUGAGGAAAAUUGACAAGUGCGCGUAUGAUGGUGUUUCUAAAUGAACAAAAGUAGAUUAUUCUAUCAUUUCUUUUUGCUCGGUUUCUUUCCAGAAAUAUUGCUAUUUUAUUACUUUCGUGAGAUUAAUCGAUUGCAAAUCACUCGAAAAUAUUUUUGCAAAGUUUUAAAUGAUGGAAGAUCAUCAUUCUGCUCGAUCAAGUUUUGGUGCUGGUGGAUUGCAUGCACGUCCAAAGUUUCAACCAGUUCGUGUGAAAGCUUUAUUGCAUUUUUGUGAAAGCGAUGACGAAGAAAAUGAAGAAAAUAUAAUUAAUAUAGAAAAUAAAACAGACUAUGAUGAUGUUGGAGUAUUACCUUUAAAUGAUUCUAUUCAAGAUGUAUGUUGCAACGAUUCGUCAUUGAAACAUAUAUCACAUUCUGAAAGUAUCGAAGGGAAAUCAAAAGAAGAACAUGUUGGUGUUUUAUUGAACUCUUCUUUCAAAGAAUAUUUACAAAGCAAUAAUGAUAAUAAAGCAAAUAGUAGUAUUAGGUCAUCGGUGGAAAUGGAUACUAUUGUAUAUAAUAAUGUUAAUAGGACUGAUGAGGACGAACAAGAAAAGAAUCAGAAAGUAAUAUCUUUUAAAAAUACUUGCAUAGAGAAUAUUAAAAACAGUGAUCUUUUGGAUACAAUGCAGCAUGGAAAUUCUUUAUUUCAUGAUGCGACCGAAAAUGAGGGAAAUGCUAAUUUAGGAUUGAAAUUGUAUCAAGAAAAUGUGUUAGCCUUAAAAGAAUAUGAAAAUACUCCAUUAAAUAUCUAUGUUGAACGUAUGGAACAGAAACAAGGAAAUCUGAUUAUGGAAGAAGAUAUACAUAAAGAAAGGCUUGAUCAUAAAAGUGAAAAUAAACCUUAUAAGGAUACAGAAAGCGGUAUUGGACAUGUUUCCUUUAUACCUUCUAAUGACAAAAAUACAUUGCGAGAUAUAAACCGUGCAGUUACAAAUCAAUCAAAGUCAAAAUUUCUUAUGGACGAGAAGUAUUUAAACUCAGAAAAUCUUUGUUCAGAGAUACCAUCUAUUUCUGAUACUGGAUCAUCCAUUUAUUCUGUUUUAACAGCUACUCCCUUAAAACACACAAAUCUCCAUUCAGUAGAAUCAAAUUCAUGUAUUUUGCAAAACAAAUUACAAAAUGAGGUUCUAACAGAUGCAGCUCAAACUCCAUCAACAAUUCUUUCGACAUGGUCGCAGAAUAAUGCAAGACAAAUGCCGCUCCACAAUAGAGGUUUAUCCACUGUCGAAUCUACACCGACUUCUGCCAAUUCCAUUUUUAUACAAGGAAUAAGAAAAAUGGAUGAUAUGCCUAGAUAUUUUUAUCAACGAGGAAAACGUAUGAGACAACCCCUAGGAAUUACUAUGAGUUCCGAUCAAUCUGAUUCUGUUAAUAACUUCUGUAUUUUUUCGGCAAAAUCUAAAGUCCAAACAUUACACAAUAAGCAAUUGUCAAGAGUAGAAGAAGCUGAAACUGAUAAUAAUAUAUUUGAUACACCAUCUGGAGAGAAUAAAUCAGGGAGAAAUUCUGUAAUUAAAGAAAAUAUAGAGCAAUUAGAGAAUAAAUUUAUGCAGUCGGAUGUUGGUGGUGGCUCUGCCGAACAAUCGGAAUCUGUUAAAAAUCUUAAAUUAAUGGACAUAGGCAAGAAUGAUGAAAGGAUAAAGAAUACGAUAGAAGAAAAUGUAUUUGUUUCCGAUAAGCAUGGUAUAUCCAUCUCUAAAGCGGAAUUAAUGAAUUCGGAAGAACAAAAUGUCAUUUCUAAUGAGAGAGUAGUAGAAGAGAAUAUAAAAGAAGUUGUAGAUAAAAUAUCGAACGUGCAGGUUUCAAUACCGUCAAAUCCCUCCAACUCAAUGGAAAGAUAUAAAAGGAUAAUGAUAAAAAAUAAAGAAUAUUUAAUUCUGGGUACUUUAGGACGUGGUAUGAGUGGAGAAGUUUUACGAGUACAAGAUUUGACAUCGUCCGAAUUACGAGCUAUCAAAUGUGUAAAUUUGAGCCGUAUGGAUAAGGAUUCAGCUCAAGGAUGUUUAGAAGAAAUUUCUAUGCUACAUAAACUGCAGGCUUCAUGUAUAGUCAGGAUGUUUGAUUAUGAGAUAAAAUACCCUUUAGUCUAUGUAGUAAUGGAGAUGGGUGAUACAGAUCUUAGUCGUUUAUUGAAACUGACAUCACAGGAGAAACAACUUCCAUUAACAAUGAUUCUUUACUAUUGGACGGAAAUGUUGACAGCUGUUAAGCAUAUACACGACAAUGGAGUCAUACAUUCAGAUUUAAAACCAGCUAAUUUUUUAUUAGUACGUGGUCGUCUAAAAUUAAUAGAUUUUGGUAUUGCUUCUAGUAUGAAUGCAGAUAUGACCUCUGUUGUAAAAAAUUGUCCAAUUGGUACUUUAAAUUAUAUUAGUCCAGAAGCUCUAAUGGAUAUUGGUGGAAACGGAGAUUCUCCUAAUCACAAUGUUAAAUAUAAAAUAAGUUACAAAUCGGAUGUGUGGUCACUAGGAUGUAUUUUAUAUGGUCUUGUGUAUGGACAAACUCCAUUUCAUCACAUACGUCCUCAGUGGGCUAAAGUGAAUGCAAUAACGAAUCCGAAUCCAAAGAUAGCUUUUCCAACGUCUAUACUUUUGCUUGAUAAAACAGAGAAAUUCGAACCACCUCUCAUUUUAAUUGAUGUGAUGCGUAAAUGCCUUCAACACAAUCCUAAAGUUAGACCUACAGUGGCAGAACUCUUGCAGAUACAAUAUAUACCUGCCAGACAGGAUAAAGCUAUGUUAUCUAUUCCUCCUGAGAUUCCUCCAAAUAUUUUAGUAAAGAUAAAGCAUGCGUUAACUGAAGAAGAAUGGAGAAAACUGAUACAGGUGUUGGAAAAGAAAUCCUAAUAAAAAAAUAAUAGCAUUGAUGUUGUAUGCCAAUCAUCAUAAUUCAUGUACAUAGAAUAUAAUUGUUAUAUAUAUAUAUAUAUAUAUAUAUAUAUAUAUAUGUAUAUAUAUAUAUAUAUAUAUAUAUAUAUGUAUAUAUAUAUAUAGAGAGAGAGAAAAAGAGAGAGAGAGAGAGAGAGAGAGAGAGAGAGAGAGAGAGAGAGAGAGAGAGAGAGAGAGAUACAUAACAAAAUGAUAAAUAAUUCGUCCAGCGACAUAAGACGAAUGUAUCAAACGAUAAAAUGAUCAUUUAAAUGUAAUAUAAUGAGAGAAGCAUCAAAAUGCCUGUGUAAUACAUACGUAAAUAUUUGGCAUUGAUAUAAAAUAAUUACAAUAGUAAAUGAUAAAUUAACCUGCA